CCACGUCGACUUAGCUGAUCUCAUUUCCGGUGUAAACACUUGGACUGUUUUCAACAGAUUAUCUUACGUCAGAUAUAAAUGCAUCAGAUUUUUGUAUUGUAAAUGGGAAGAAGACGAAGCAAACGAUGGAAUUCGUGUAUGAUUUGGUUUGCUACGUCGGUUGGAGCCCUGUUUUAUACGAUCAGUUGCAUCAAAGCCGCGGAUGAUAUUGACACUUUGAGAUCUGCAGAUUCUGGAACAUACUAUGACUUUCCAAGGGAACCCGAAAUUACUGGUCAAAGAUCAUCAUGUGUGGCAAAACCUCCAUCAGUACUAAAUAAAUUUCUGAUGGUAGUGAGUACUUUAGAUGGUAAAGUUUCAGCAUUAGAUGUACAGGAUAGUGGCAAGAUACUUUGGAGUGUUGAUGCUGAUACCAGACCAUUGUUGUCAUCCAGUAUCGGUAACUUAGAGAUAACAAGAAAUGGGAUGAAAACACGUCUUAUACCAUCUCUUGAUGGUGGUUUGUACCAGUUUGAUGGAGAGAGUAUCGAGGCUGUUCCCCUUUCUGCAGAAACAUUACUUAGCUCAUCGUUUAAGAUGACAGAAGAUAUAACUAUGAUUGGUGGCAAAGAUUUAUUGUCAUAUGGUUUAGACCCCCUUUCUGGUCAGUUGAAGUACACAUGCAGUGCUCAUGGCUGUCAUACAUUUGGUGAUUCCAUGGUAACGGAAGAGGAAGAUGUCCUUGUAGUUACUAGAAAUACACAAACUGUAAGAGCAGUUGAUUCUAGAGUAGGAAUGGAAAAAUGGAACUUCAGCGUAGGAUCACAUGAUCUGGAAUUUUUACCGGGGACCAACAUUAAACCAGUCAAACCUGUUGACACGGAUUAUGACGAUGAUGUUAAGAUUGUUACCUGUCCAGCUAAUGAGGAAGAAGAAAUUGAAGUUGAACCCCUACUUAAGAUAGUUGUUCCUGAGGGUCUUGUUGUUGGACUGAGUUCUGAUAACAUUGAAGUUAUCAGUUGGAAACAUAAGUUUACUAGCCCUGUAGCAAAUGCUUGGCUACUGAGGAAUGGUAUACUUAAACCAAUCAGUGUAUUUGACAAUCAACAUGUACCUGCAAUGUCUUCUUUUGAACCACCACAAAAUGCACCCUCUCCUGAGCCAUUGCUGUAUGUAGGUAAACAUCAAAACCAAUUAUAUGUACAGCCAUCAGUAGCUAUGAAGGAAAAAAUGGCUAAAGUUGUCCAUGGAGAUUAUCCUACUAGAAAUGUACCCAGGGUCACAUGGAAGCCUUAUCUAGCUUCAGCACCAUCUAGAACCCCUAUGAUGAAAAACAAAGAAGUACCACUGUUAGAAGAAGGACAAACUAAAGAGACUGGGAUGGUUUUAUACAACUAUCCAUUUGAUGAUGGAUAUUAUUUAUAUCCAGAAUUUAUGUUUUCUGUACCAGAAGAUCGUCCUGAAAACAACAGUACAGAUGAACCAGAUAUGUUGGUUAACAUCACACAGUCGUUCUGGUCAUACUGGAAGGAAGUUCUUGUGUUCAGUAUGUUUUUUGCUGUAUUUGUCCAUCUGUUUCUGACCAAAGUUGCAGUCAAACAAGGCUUGAUUGUUAUUAAGAAACCAAACUGUUUGGAAGAUGUAAACGGCAACAGCAAAGAUGUUGUAGAAAAGAAAACAGAAGAAUUUGUAUCAAGAUAUACCUCAGAUUUUGACCAUGUACAAGUCCUGGGUAAAGGAGGGUUUGGUAUUGUUUUUGAGUCAAGAAACAAAGUGGAUGACUGUGAUUAUGCUGUAAAAAGAAUUACCCUGCACAGUGAAGGAUCAAAAGAAAAAGUGAUGAGAGAAGUCAAGGCCUUGGCCAAAUUAGAACACAGUGGUAUAGUCAGGUAUUUCAAUGCUUGGCUAGAGUCACCUCCCCCUGGAUGGCAGGAAGACCAAGAUAAGCAGUUUGAAGACAGUGAAUGUUUAACAUCACCAACUCCAUGUAACUCUGUAACACAGAUAGGAACUGGAUCCUUGUCCAUCAAAAUGCCACCAUCCCCAGCCUUUGACAUACUGAAUCCAUUUGGAGGACAAAAGGAUAUAGAUACAGUGUUUGCAAAGUCUAAAAAAGCUGGCGGUAGUCAAGAAUUUAGUGUUCACACAGAUAGUAUCUCUUUUUCUAGAGAAGGAAGUGUACGCCAAGAGAGUAUGUUGGAAGGUUUCGAUGAAACUUGGAAUGAAGAUUCUCUCGAUGUUCAGUUUAAAUUGGAUGAAAGUGAUGACAGUGGAAGCUGUUCUAAUAACAUUCCGUUUUCAAAUGCCAACAAAAAAAGAAAUGAUAAUAGCAAUUCUUUCAGUGUUGUGUUUGAAGACUCAGGUUGUGCAGAAAAGAGUAGUAAAAGUGACAGUGGGGAAAUUAUAUUCAGUAAUGACUUCACAGAAAGUAACAAAAUCUUGUUUGAAAAUAAUGACUUUCAUAUUGACAUAUCAAAAUCUGGAUCAACGUUGCCAAAAGUAUCAAAUUCCAGUAAAAAGCAUUCCACAAGGGACCAAAAUACCACUUCAGGUUACAAGAUGAAAGUACCGACUCCAAAGUUGUAUCUAUUUAUACAAAUGCAGCUGUGUCGCAGAGAGACAUUGAAGGACUGGUUAAUAUCAAAUAACAGCGAAAGAGACAAUAGUGUUGUGUUAGAUAUAUUUGAUCAAAUUAUGGGUGCAGUAGAAUAUGUUCAUAAUCAGGGGCUCAUGCACAGGGAUCUAAAGCCAUCCAAUAUAUUUUUCUCUGUGGAUGGUGUUAUCAAAAUUGGUGACUUUGGUUUGGUGACAGCUUUAGAAGAUCAAGAGCUAGAAUUAUACUUAGGUGAAGACUCUCCAUACAAAAGACAUACAGCUCAAGUUGGAACUCAAAUGUACAUGAGUCCAGAACAGAUAAAUGGAAAGACUUAUGGUCACAAAGUUGAUAUAUUUUCACUGGGAAUGAUUCUGUUUGAGUUAUUUUACUGUUUUUCCACACAAAUGGAGAGAGUGAAAAUUUUAUUGGAUGUAAAAAGACAAAGAUUUUCUGAUUCUUUCAAGAUGGAGUAUCCCCUUGAGACAAUGUACAUAUCAUGGCUGCUGUCACCAAACCCAGUUGAAAGACCUUCAGCUACAGAGAUUCUAAACAGUGACCUGCUGAAGGAUUUCUCAUCUCGUCACACCACAUCACGUAAUCGUCUUCGCACAACAUCAUCAAGUAGCUCAGGAUCAAUUAACGAGUCAGUAUCACAAUGAUAGAAAGGAGUGUAGUGACAGGUGUCCUAGUCCCAUAGGUACUUAAGUGAUCUAAUGGGAGAUAACUCUUCACUUUAUAGCACUGUUUUUGUCUACUGCUUAUAUUAACUUGCUCAGAAUUAGUUAAUGUAUUUGAGAGCAACCUUGCAUUUAAUACAAGUUUGGUAUAUAAGUGAAUGAAUUGGCAUCACAAUGAAAAUUAGCACAUACACCACAACUUAUUGGAGAAAAGGUCAAGAAUCUAUAUAUAAAUUUACUUUGAAAAUAUUGUUCUCUUUGGUGCUGCUAUAUUAUUUUUCCAUUGUACAUGUAUCAACAGACCCUUCAAAUGCUUUAUGCCAUUGGCUUUUUUUUCUUGGCAUGAACAUCUUUUAAAACUCUUUAGAAGUUAUGGAAAAAUGUGGCAUUGCUUUUUAGGAAAUGCAAGGUUCAAUUUAUUAGAUAGAAACUUUUGAAAGACUAAGCAUAAUAUCUCAUGAAGUUAAAAAACAAAUGUCUCGUGCAUUGGUGUUUAAUUUUGUAAUUUUUGUAAAUAAUAAGAUACUAAGAAAUGAAUGUAUAAGGUGUUAGAAGGUGUUUCAGAAGGUAGAAAACCUGGAUGCUUCAUACUUUGUUUGCAGAUACCUUAUGUUACAAAGUUUCUGUCCGUGUAAAAUGAAACUUGAAGUAGAUAGCAAGUGAAUUUAAAUGAAUUACAAAAAGGGUUCAAGUUGCAUUAUAUUUUUGAAGAAUAUGACAAGUUGCAUGGUCUUUUGAUAUGUAAUACGUUUGUAAUAUAUACUGGCCGAAGAUUGGUUGUUUACUUUGUGUACCUUUUCUUUCGCCAAUAAAACUGACAGCAAUGGAAAAAUACAAUAUAAAAAAUGGACUUAAAUUUAACAACUCGAUAAUGGAAAAUGCGCAACCUCAAUAGGAUUGCAAACUUUCUGUUAAAUUUCAAAUAUACGAGUUGAAACAAAAAUUGUUACCAUUUUUCUUAAAUUUUUGUCCAUAAUGACAGAAUUGUUAUUGCUGCAUAAAAAGUAUUGUAAAUGUUAUUGAACAAUAAAGUAUAGUACAAUGUAAAUCAUUUUUGGAUGCUAUUUUUCUAGUUAUUCUUAUCUUUUUUUGUGAAUGAAUAUUGUGUAUGUGUAAGUGCUUUUUGUAGAUGGUGAUGGACGUAGUGAAGCCAAAGUUACCAAUAAUUUUACUGUUAUUUCUAUUGUUCUAUUUUUACAAUGUAUUUGUAAACAUGUAUAUUUUUGUUAAGUUUUUCACUUGUUUUGUUUUUAAAUGGUUGACACUACUAAUUGACAUUAUAAAUGGGUCUACUAUAAAUGAGAUAUAAUAAAAGAAGAAAGUUUUAA